CCUUGGUUGAAAUUACGCCAUUUACACCAAACUUUGGACUUGUUUAGAAAUAGAAACGUGAAAAAACAAACGUAUUACACGCGGUUGUUUGGUGUAUCUAGACAGUGAAAGAUGUUCAACACGGCUUUGUUUAUCCUUACACAGCCUGUAAACCACAUUAGAAAAUGCCUUCCUCUUUACAUGAAGGAAAUUAACAAACUGGCAUCAAAAACUGCAUACAUACACAUUCAACCAGGAAUUUUAUUAAAUACUGACCAAAACAAUGAAAAUGGCAUCUUAAACUCAAAGACUUGCGAUUCUCAUUUUGAACUACUCAGAGUUCCAUUUACGGAUGAAAUAAGAAAUCUUGUGAAGGAAUUUUAUGUAUCCAAUGCCAACAUUUGCAGUAACCUUGAUGUCAGAGUACUGGUGGGACAUAUAGGAAGUUCAGAAUUAAAAUUCCAGAAAUAUAAUUUUAAACACCCAUGUGAUGUUGUUUUGAUUGACCUUAAACAUGAGCAAGGUGUAAAUAACUCAGUGUUGCUGCAAUCGCUGAAUAGGUCUUUUAAUAUCAGUGCAUCUUGUAGUUGUCAAAGUUUGGAUGUCGAUGAUAAUGAAGGUACACCAAAACGACAAAAAACUGAUGACUCAAAUACUGAAGAGAAACCAAGUGAGGAAGUUUUAAAGCAGUAUCCUCAUACCGUCUUAGGUGGAACAUUCGAUCGUCUUCAUAUUGGCCACAAGAUUUUGUUAACAGAAGGUUGUUUAUUGGGCACAGAAAAAUUGACAGUGGGUGUUACGGAUGGAAAAAUGAACAAUAAAAAAACACUAUUAGAGCUGAUACAACCUGUGGAAGAAAGAAUUUCAUCAGUGAAAGAUUUCCUCAAUGAUGUGAAACCGUCCAUGGUGUACAGUGUGGUCCCAAUUACUGAUGGGUUUGGCCCGACUGUUGUAGAUCCUGACAUGGACCUUAUAGUAUUGAGUCAGGAAACAAAGAAAGGUGGGGAGAUGAUAAAUGAGGAGAGACAGAAAAAGGGAAUGAAAUUAUUAGAAAAGUACACGAUAGAUCUGGUAGAAGACUCGUGUCAUACACAGUACGAGGAGAACAAGAUCAGCUCAUCGUCUUUCAGAAAAAGAUUACUUGGCACAUUGUUUAAUCCUAUAAAGGUUAAAGAUGGUCUUCCAGGUACACCAUACAUUAUUGGUUUGACUGGUGGAAUAGCUAGCGGAAAGUCUUCAGUGUGUAAGAGAUUGGAAGGCAAAGGGGCCAAGAUUAUUGAUUGUGAUAAAUUAGGCCAUAGAGCCUAUGUAAAAGGUACUCCAGGUUUUGAGAAAGUGGUUGCAGCAUUUGGUGACCAGGUUAUAGGUGAAGAUGGAGAGGUGAACAGAAAGGAACUCGGAAAAAUUGUGUUCGGAAAAAAGUCAGAACUUGAACGACUCAAUGGAAUAGUGUGGCCAGAAAUCGCCGAGCUGGUGCAGAAACAAAUACAGGAUUACGCAAAAGAUGAGCAAACUGUUAUAGUGUUAGAUGCAGCAGUGCUGUUAGAGGCUGGUUGGGAUGAAAUGUGUCAUGAGGUCUGGACAACCAUUGUUCCACAAGAUGAGGCUGUAAAAAGAAUGAUAGAAAGAAAUAAUCUAACCGAAGAGCAGGCACAACAAAGACUGAACGCGCAGAUAUCUAACAUAGAACGUGUAGAGAUGUCUAACGUUAUAUUGUGUACAUUGUGGGAAUAUGAAUAUACCCAACAACAGGUUGAAAGGGCCUGGGAGCUUUUGCUGCAAAGAAUUCCAAACACUACAACUAAAGCCAAUCCAAAGUCUAAUAUGUAACAAAAAGAAACCCAAUAGACUGAAAACAACUCAUUUUUUCGCAGUUGCUCAAAUAAAUUAUUAAAUAUCUUACACAGAUAGCUAGUAUAAACUGGCUUAAGCCAGUAUAGAAUAGAAUAUCUGGCUUAAGCCAGUAUAGACUUAAAUAUCUGGCUUAAGUCAGUAUUGUAAAGCUAGUAUAGACUGCAAUAUCUUGCUUAUGCCAGUAUAAAAUACUGAAAUAUCUGGCUUAAGUCAGUAUAGACUGGGACAUCUGGCUUAAGAGUAACUGUUGAAGCUGGAUAAAAGGUUCUACCAGUUAGUGAUUUCUUACAUUUUUUUUAAAGAAUUUUGCUCAGGCUGCCAGACUGGAAUACCUGACUCAUAUAUAACUGUUUAAUGGCAGUGAUGAAACCUGUAUGGUUUACAUUUCCACAAAUGAUUUUCUAAGAAUUUUACACUGGUUUCCAAACCAGAUUAACUGGCUCAAAGGUAAUGUGGUUUAGAGGCUUUCUUGAUAAACUGUGCAUUGCUGUACUACAACACAUGGACAAUUACUAUCUAUUCUUACAAGUUAUAAUAAAGGAAAAUUGAAGAUAUGUAAAACUGCAUUGAAUGGAAAAGUAAUAUUUUUAUGAUUACUUUGUUUUAUAGAACUUUACUCUCUUUCACUUUUUCUUUAGCAACCAUGCAUUUCAUUAUAGCCAUUGGCCAUGUUCCUUUAAUUGGUCCUGCAUGGGGGUUGGGGUUGGUUGGGCAUUUUCUGUUUUGUGGUCUUUAAAGUUGUCUUCUGUAAGAAAGUGUUACACACACUACAAUUUUUGAGAAAUACAUAUUUUAAUACUUGUUGUUACAUGAAAAUUUUGUUAAUUUCUUUGAUUAUAAAAUUAUAUUUAAUCUAUUUAAUUAUAUGUAAUAUAUUUUGUGUAUAUGUGCUUGUAUGAAAACUGUUUUCAGACUUUUAAAUAAGCAACGUAUAUCUUAUGUAAACAGAGGAAAAUAAAUAUUUAUAUA